UGCACCACUUCCUGUAGCCUAGUUCUUUCGUUCUGCGUAGCGUGUGUGAUCUGCGGCCUGCUGGUCUUGUAACCGACCGGCCUGUAACAUGGGAGUCCCGGCCUUUUUCCGCUGGCUGAGCCGCAAGUACCCGUCUAUCGUGGUGCACGCUGUGGAGGAGAAGCAUAAAGAAUGCAAUGCAAUCAAGAUACCAGUUGAUACCAGCAAACCAAAUCCAAAUGAAGUGGAGUUUGAUAACUUGUAUUUGGAUAUGAAUGGCAUCAUUCAUCCAUGUACUCACCCAGAAGACAAGCCGGCACCCAAAAAUGAAGAUGAAAUGAUGGUUGCAAUUUUUGAGUAUAUGGACAGGUUAUUUAACAUUGUGAGGCCCAGGAGGUUGCUGUACAUGGCUAUUGAUGGUGUGGCUCCUCGUGCUAAAAUGAAUCAACAGCGCUCUAGACGUUUUAGAGCAUCCAAAGAAGGAGUGGAGUUGACUGAUGAGAAAAACCGUAUACGCGAGGAAGUGCUGUCCAAGGGCGGUUAUCUACCUCCCGAAGAAGUGAAAGAGAGAUUUGAUAGUAAUUGUAUUACACCUGGCACAGAGUUUAUGGACAAUCUGGCAAAAUGUCUUCGCUAUUAUAUUGCUGAACGUUUAAAUAAUGAUCCUGGCUGGAAAAACCUUACAGUCAUUUUAUCAGAUGCAAGUGCACCAGGUGAAGGUGAACAUAAGAUUAUGGAUUACAUCAGGCGGCAAAGAGCUCAGCCUAAUCACGACCCAAACACUCAUCACUGCUUAUGUGGUGCUGACGCUGAUCUCAUCAUGCUGGGACUGGCAACUCAUGAACCUUACUUUACUAUCAUCCGAGAAGAGUUUAAGCCUAACCAACCAAAACCAUGUGCGUUAUGUGGGCAGAUGGGACAUGAGCUAAAGGAUUGUCAAGGACUGGCCCGAGAAAAGAAAGGAGAGCAUGAUGAAUUUGCCAGUACUCCCCCAGGCUGUGAACAGGAGUUUAUCUUUAUUCGUCUCAAUGUGUUGCGUGAGUACUUGGAGAAAGAGCUGGUUAUGUCAAACUUGCCUUUCCCAUUUGACUUUGAAAGAACGAUCGAUGACUGGGUGUUCAUGUGUUUCUUUGUGGGGAAUGAUUUCCUACCUCACUUGCCAUCUCUUGAAAUCAGAGAGGGGGCUAUUGACCGGCUUGUAACUAUUUACAAGAAUGUUGUGCACAAGACUGGGGGAUAUCUUACAGAGAGCGGGUUUGUGAACCUGGAAAGAGUGCAGAUGAUUAUGCUUGCAGUCGGUGAAGUUGAAGAUAGCAUUUUCAAGAAAAGGAAGGAAGAUGAUGAGAGCUUUAAAAGAAGGCAAAAGGAGAAGAAAAAGCGGAUGAAGAGAGAACACAACCCAGCUUUUGUUCCCACCGGGCAGUUUGCACCUCGAGCAUUAGGGCGGGGAAACAUGUCAGACACAAUCAGCAACCCGCGACAGGCUGCCUAUGAAAUGAGAAUGCAGAAUUCUAAUUCUCAUGACGGCCAGUCUCCAUCAGGAACAAAAAGGAAAGCAAAUGACAGUGAUAGUGAGCCUGAGCCAGAAGAUAAUAUCAGACUGUGGGAAGAUGGAUGGAAACAGCGUUACUACAAAAACAAAUUUGAUGUUGACGCCUCUGAUGAGAAGUUUCGCCGCAAAGUUGUUAAGUCAUAUGUUGAAGGUCUCUGCUGGGUCCUACGAUACUACUAUCAGGGAUGUGCUUCUUGGAAAUGGUUCUUCCCAUUUCAUUAUGCUCCCUUUGCUUCAGACUUCGAAAAUAUUACAGAGCUCUUCACGGAAUUUGAAAAAAACACCCAACCAUUUAAACCACUAGAGCAGCUGAUGGGGGUGUUCCCUGCUGCUAGUGGCAACUUUCUACCUAGCACAUGGAGGAGACUCAUGAGUGACUCGGAUUCCAGUAUAAUUGACUUCUACCCUGAUGACUUUGCUAUUGAUUUAAAUGGAAAAAAAUUUGCUUGGCAAGGUGUUGCUCUGUUGCCAUUUGUUGAUGAGCGCCGACUAAGAGCUGCUUUGGAAGAGGUUUACCCUGACCUCACUCCUGAUGAAAUGAGAAGAAAUAGUCUUGGAGGUGAUCAUCUGUUUGUUGGGAAACACCAUCCCCUAAAUGACUUCAUGCAUGAGCUUUACAAGACCAGUACUAAAGAGCCAACUGAUAUACCACCAGAGCUGUGCCACGGAAUUCAGGGAAAACUUGAAACUGAUGAAGGAGCAGUUCUUCCACACCAGGCUGUGGAGUCUCCAGUCCCUAUGUUGCGAGAUUUGUCUCAGAAUUUUGCCAUCAGCAUCAAAUUUAAAGACCCACAAUAUACAGAUGGUUAUGUUUUCAAAGCUGUGGUUUUACAAGGUGCCAAGAAACCACCUAUAACAUUAAAACCGGGAGAUUGGGAGAGAACAAAUAACAAUGGCAGGCCAUGGAGGCCACAUACUGGCUUUAAUCAAAACAGGAAAGCUGUUCACUUGGAUCAAUCUGCUUUUAGAACUUUAGGCCAUGUCAUGCCACACAGCAGAGGAGCUGCAGGAGGAGGAUAUUACAGCAGCGUCCCACCGCGAGGAUCUUAUAAUCCUGUUAAUGCAUACAGAACUUCUAGCCACAACCAGCCAUCCUUUUCUGGUCUGCUACAAAACCCCAGAGGACAAAACUCCUGGUCUAAUCGCCCACCUCUUUAUAGCCAGCCACCACAAAGAAAUUAUGGACAGAUGCAAAACCCAAUCCAGCCAUAUAUGAAUCAGCAAGUUGGACACAGAGGACCAAGUAACUACUAUCAACAACCCAGUGGAGAUAGGAAUAGAUCGGCCUACAACCAAGGAAGAAAUUAUCAAAAGCCACCUAACUCUGGAAGAUACAACUGGAAUUAAGUUUUAGGGGGAUGGGGGCUGCAACUCCCUGUUUGUUUUUUAAAGUAAAUUUAUGCCGGUAGACCUGUUUUAAUACAGAGCAUUACUUUUUAAAAAUAAAUCAAAAACUAAGUAAGAUAUUGUCCCUGUCAUCUGCAUUCAUUAGUGUGUAAAAUGUGUUUUUUAUUUUGUGCAAGUAGAAUGUAUUUGAUAUUUGUAUCAUAUUAUAGUAACAUUAUAUUUAGUUACUUAUUUGAUGCCUUUUUAAAGAAUAAAAUGGCAUUUGUUAGUGACUACUUGUGCCACGUACUAUUAUGAAGUGUCUGCACAGCAGGAAAUAAUUAACAUUUGGUCCCCAUCCUCUUCUAUGCUCAGUCAGGCGAAGGCAGAAGUGAUGAAGAUCAGACAUAUCUGUUUCGGCAGGAAGAGAUCUUUUUUGUAUUUUAUGAUCGUCUUGAGUUUUUUUUGUUUUAUAUGAUGAAACUUUUUAUUUUGACAGGUGUUAAUGUCUCUUAUACUUUGUUUCCUUCUGGAAUUAUUUUAUAAAGAGAUCUGAAAACUUA